CUAAUUUAAACUAAAGUAUUCAUUAUGAAAUUGCAUUGCCUAUCACACAGUGUUUGUCUUUGUUUAGUAUUUAUGGUCGACAAUCGUAGGACGCUUAUCAGGCAAAUUGAUAAAGCUCCCUAUAAAAAUCAACCAUCGAUAGAACGUAGGAGGACAGUUAGUGCCUCAAGAAACCUGAAACCCACCAGUUCACUAGUACUUCUUUAUAAACGACCAAGAAAAUGCCUCCCCAAAUACGCCCACUCACGCCAGAGCUGCAAAAAGUGGCCAAGGAGCAGCUCAUGGAGGACCCCGCUCGUCUCGAGGCCGAUUUGCUGGCUUUCAGGACCUGGAUCGAACAGCAGCCCCAUCUGAAUCCCCGCAUGGAUGAUCAGUUUUUGGUGGCCUUCCUUCGCGGCUGCAAAUUCAGUUUGGAGCGGGCCAAGUCCAAGUUAGAUAAAUUCUACACGCUAAAGACCAAGUAUCCGGAAUACUUUAGGAUAACUAGUACUACAGAGGGAAAGUUCCGAGAGAUUCACCGAACGGGAGCAAUCAUCUACCUGCCUACCCCUUUGAAUGAAAACGGACCUCGAAUCGCCAUUUCGCGAAUGGGUUUGUGCCCAGUGGAUAAGUAUACCUUGCUAGAGUGCAUGCAAGUGGCCCAAGCCAUGCAGGAAAUUGCCAUUUUGGAGGAUGACUAUGCCAAUGUUAAUGGACUCGUCUUUAUAAUGGACCUCAAGGGAGCCACUGCAGCGCACAUGUUCCAAAUGACUCCCUCGAUGGCCAAGAAAUUCACAGUGUUCUCCGAGGAGGCUCUGCCGCUGCGUUUGAAGGCACAACAUUUCAUCAAUACAAUAGCAGGAUUCGAACCGAUCUUUAACAUGUUCAAACCCAUGAUGUCCAAGAAGAUGCAGUCACGUCUGUUUGUGCAUGGCAACAAAAUGGAUUUGUUGACGGAGCAGAUUCCCCUGAAAUAUCUCCCCGUGGAAUAUGGCGGAGAGAAUGGCACCGUGCCGGAAAUCGUCGCCGCAAUGGAGAAGAAAUUUGAUGAGUACAGCGAAUUCUUCAGGGAUAAUGCCAACUAUGGAACCGACGAGAGCCUGCGACCGGGAAAACCCAUCGAUUUUGAAGGGCUCUUUGGAAUCGAGGGUUCCUUCAGGAAGCUCAAUGUGGAUUGAUACUGGACAAAGGAGGCAUUAUCCGGAAACUAUAGAGCCAGGGAAU